AUGGCCCUUGAAGAAGUUACGGUGAUUUGUGAAUUUGAAAAAGUCCUGAAUGAAUGUCCAGAGGGUUUUGAGCCAUAUCAAUUGCUAUUGACGCAGCUAGAUCCAAUUGUCAGAAGGUCAUCUCAGGAUGAGGAGUACCGUCAAUGCUUAGCCAAUGCAGAAGAUAUAUGGCAGUCUUUGAGACGAGUUCUACAGAACUUGAAAGGCACUGAUAAUACACAGGAUAUACGGUCCAUUUAUUUGAGAUGUUUAAGAGGAUUAUUUAUAUUGAUGAGAAACCUUUCUGUGAGUAACCAAAUGAUUCCACAACAAUUACGUUUGCAUAAAGUGGCAGUAGAGGCUUUUGUAAAAGCUGUAAUGAAUUCAAUAUGUCAUGAUGAGAUGGAAAUUUCCUUAUAUGUGGCGGCUACUAGUUUUCUAUAUAACAUUACCAAGACAGCCGUUGGUUUAGACAAGGAAACUUUCGAAUCACUAGAUCCUUUUCUAAAAUACCCCCUUAACCAUUUGAGUCAAUCUGAACAAAUAUUAUAUCCAUACAUGAUGUUCUUCCUCAAUUUGACAUAUAAUGAUGAGUUUUUGUACCGCCUUCUAAGGCCAAAGGAUCAAACAGAUAUUCUCUAUGAAUUACUGAUGCGAGUGACAUCUGUACAAGAUCACAAUGACGACCAGAAUUACUGGGCUCACUUAUCUAACAAAGAUGAAAUUGAUUCAUUGGAUGCAAUCUUAAUGAAAAUAUUCAUCAAUAUCGUCACUAGUGAAUCGUUAGGCCCAUAUCUGCAAAAUGCUAGAACCAGCGACCACAGAAAAUUUUCAAGAAUAUCCAGGAUCUCUCAGCUAAUAGUCGCGAGCCGUGAAAACUGGGAUAAAUUUCAACUUACAGGUAUUAUGAGUUGGUGUUUUACACUCAUGCGACAAACCGCCCAAGAAACAGAACAAUAUUUCCAACAGAAAAUCGAUGAAGAAGAUAAAGCUGAACCGUUACAUGAAACAUUAAACAUCUGUCUCGAUGUUAUCUCUCAUUUAUCAGCAAAUGACCAUGUUCAGCAAUACAUUUUGUCAUACCAAGGUUUGGAAACACUAAUAUCAUUACUUCGAAUCCUACAACAAAACCUAAUACGGAUCAACUUUUACAAAGGCAUCGAUGGCUCCAUCAAAUCAAUAAAAGCUACUGAUUCCAAAAGCGAUAAAAUAGAUGACAAGCAAAUCCUGAGUCGAAGAAUCGAUCUUACAACCAACCAAAUUCGUGCCAGUAAUUUCCCAGGAUCUAAAUCAUUUAUCAUUGAAAUUCUGGCUUCCUUGGCCCACGAAAAUGCUAUGGUGAAGGAUAAGGUAAGGGAAUUACAUGGAUUGGAACUUGUUUUAUCCAACUGUGUCAUCGAUGAUAACGAUCCAUUCAUCAAGGAAAGAAGCAUCAUAUGCAUUAAAUUCUUGUUAAAAGAAAAUGCAGCCAAUCAAGACUUUGUGGCCCAACUAGAGGCUCAAAAAUCUGUCCCAGACGAAACUUUGGCCGAUGUUGGUUACGAAGUCAAAAUUGGCACUGACGGUAAGAUCCGUCUGCAAUCAAAGAACUAA